UAGCCUCAAACCUUAUUUUCUCAGCCUCCUGAGUAACUAGGAUUAUAGAUGUGAGCCACCAGGACCUAGAAAAGUCUUUAAUUCUAGUGUGCAUACUUUAUCUGAAAUGCUUACCUUCUGCUGCCAUAGACUUGAUUGACCUGGCUGGGUUAAGUUGUUCUUAGAAAGUUUUUUCAUGGUACCUGAAACAGUUCUGUGAGCAUUCAGUAUAUUAUUACCCUAGCAUGUACACUCAUAAUGUUGGUGCUGGGCAGUCCAGUUACUGAGUUAGGUACUAUCCCCACAAUUCUCUCUCUUUACCUUCUGUCCAUAUCUUCCACUGUUCUGGCUCUUUCCUAUUCCUAAGUAAAUGAUGGAUGAAUGACAACUAAAAUCAGAGGAAGAUAGAGAAGGAUGAAAGAAGGCUGUCUCCCAGGUAUUGGGGGGUUUGUGUGAAGCUUUAAUGCACCUCUGCUGGAGCUGCUGUACAAAUGGCUGUGCUAUCUGCCUGGAGAUGAUAGUGACAGCUGAGCCUUUACUUUCCAGUACCCAGAGAGUUGGAGAGGAUUAAUGGCCAGUGUCCCAUGUUCGGUGGCCCCAGAAAAGUCAGUAUAUAGGCCUCAGCCACCCCAGGUCCGACGAACAUUCUCUCUGGACACCAUCCUCACUUCCUACCUUCUGGGCCAGUGGCCACGGGAUACCGAUGGGGUCUUCACCUGCUGUACCAAUGACAAGGCCACCCAGACACCCCUGUCCUGGCAAGAGCUGGAAUGUGAGCAGGUCAGCUCCUCCGCCCACAAACGCUCAGCAUCCUGGGGCAGCACAGACCAUCGAAAAGAGAUCACCAAAUUGAAGCAACAAUUGCAGAGGACGAAGCUGAGCCGAAGUGGGAAGGAGAAGGAACGGGGUUCUCCCAUCCAAGGGGACCACACUGUGCGGGGAGCAGUGAGAAUGUCCUCUCCUAGCUUCUCCUCAGGAUCCCCUGUCCUGCGACUUAGCCCCUGUCUGCACAAGAGCCUGGAAGGACUCAACCAAGAGCUAGAGGAGGUGUUUGUGAAGGAGCAGGGUGAAGAGGAGCUGCUGAGAAUCCUUGAAGUUCCUGAUGGGCACCGGGCACCAGCUCCUCUGCAGAGGGGCAGCUGCGAUCAUCCUCUCCUCCUCCUGGAGCCAGGCAACCUUGCCAGUUCUCCCUCCAUGGCCCUGGCAUCCCCCCAGCCUUCUGGGCAGGCUAGCCUUGAGGAGCUGGCAUCCUUCCCCAGUGACAAAGCCUCCUCUCUGGGCCACCCAACCUUCCUUGAAGAUGGCAGCCCGUCUCCAGUCCUUGCCUUUGCUGCCUCCCCUCGGCCCAAUCACAGCUACGUCUUUAAGCGGGAGCCCCCAGAAGGCUGUGAGAGAGUGCGUGUGUUUGAAGAGGCCACGUCUCCAGGUCCUGACCUGGCCUUUCUGACUUCCUGUCCUGACAAGAACAAAGUCCACUUCAAUCCGACCGGCUCAGCCUUCUGCCCUGUCAGUUUGAUGAAGCCCCUCUUCCCCAGCAUGGGCUUCAUUUUCCGCAACUGCCCCUCGAAUCCAGGAUCUCCUCUUCCUCCUGCCAGCCCCAGGGCACCACCUCGGAAGGAUCCAGAGGCUUCCAAGGCCUCCCCACUGCCAUUUGAGCCGUGGCAGCACAACCCACCGUCAGAAGAGUCUGUGUUAUUCCAGAGCUCCUUGGUAGUCUGAGGAGACCCGCUCCAUACAUACACAUACUCUACUGCAGAGACCAGUGCCUUGGUGGCAGGCCCUUCUUUAGCUCCCUGAGUUGAGGGAUGGGAAGGCCCUUCCCUCUCAACCUUCGAGCACUUUUGUCCUGUCAAAGCCUUGAGUCCUCUUUCUGAUGGAUUUGAGCCUCUGAGGGGGAUGGGACUUGCUUUUCUCCAUUAGCAGCUGGGCAACUCACAACUCAACACCUGUGUACCUGCCACUUCCCUCAUUUGGUGGAAGCUCACUCAAUCUGGAGUCCUUCACCCCAGGGGGUGAGGCCAGUGACUUACAGGAGGCUCUUAUGGGCAGAGAGUAGGCUCGCUGUGACUGAGGGAGAGGGGAUGUCACAGAUUUCUUCCUACUCCAUCUCUAGAGACACAGAAGAGCAGAAGAUAGGUCCCCAUCCUCAUGCCUCCUUCUCUUGGAGACUGACCAAAGCGGCCCGAAAGGGCCAUCACACUUGACCAAUUCAGCUGCUGGCAGUGCGGGGAACCAAGUGUUUUCCCAAGUGGCAUUUCAUCUCACCCUCACCCUGACUAAAGAUUGUCUUAAGCAGCAGCCCAGCUCCCAGGUGUGUGGUGGAAGAAGAGGGGGAGCUAGUGCUCCUGGUGACAGUGGGGGCUCCAAACCCUCCACCCAUCCCAGGGCUGGGCUAGAUUAGAAAAAUGCCUAUUUUUCUUGUAUCGAUGUAGAAACUCUAUUUUCUCCCAAAGACACUAUUUUUGCAGCUGUUUGAAGUUUGUAUAUUUUCCAUAUUGCAGAGCUUACACAAAAUUGAAGAAGAAUGUUAAUGUUCAAGUUUUCUUACCUUGUAUUUAGAAGUUGUUGUUUUUGCAGAUCUUGGUGUUAAUAGACCAAAUAAAUAAGUAUUCCCAGCA